AUGUUCCGUUUUUUCACACUCGCUCUGUUCGCGGCCGCGACCGCAGAAGUGAUCUUUGAAGGACCCUGUCCUGACGUGACACCAGUCAAAAAUUUCGAAUUCGAAGCUUAUCAAGGAACCUGGUAUGAAAUCGCUAGAUACCCUAACGCUGGAGAGGAAGGCGGCAAGGGCAAGUGCACCACCGCUGAAUACAGCGUUGACGGUGACAAGGGCAAAGUGAAGAACACUCACGUUUACAACGGCGUCAAGUAUUACAUCGAGGGUGACCUUACCCUCGUGGCACCCUCAAAAGUGAUGCUCACAUACACAUUCGGAGGUGUAUCCAAGAACUCUUAUUUGACGGUCCUCGACACUGAUUACAAGAGCUACGCUAUCGGCUACAGCUGCAAAUACUUCAAGGAUGGCAACAAACACCAAGUGUUUUCUUGGAUCAAGUCCAGGAGCAAGAAAUUGGACUGUGAAGCUAAGUACAAGGUUGAUGCUUUCUUGAGGACUUCAAAGAUUCUGGACUCUGCCAAAUAUAUCCAGAACGAUCAUUCUGAGGAUGCUUGCAAGUCCUCAGUCACCAAAGCUAUUACUGAGUUCCUUAAG